UUCUGUUAUAAUAAUCUCUCAAUCUAAUCCAAUCCAUUUCGAAUCUAUUUCUCUUUCCUUCCAUCAGAUCUCCUUGUACAACUUCUUCCGAUGAUCCCCCUCAAUUGCUCUUUAAGGAUCUCAAUCAUCAAUCCCCCCUUUAACCAUCUUCACCAUCGCUGGAGAUGUUCGAUCCGUUUUUGGUAACUCACGUUCGCUCACAAAUCUGUCUGCGCAAACGGAAAAAAAGUUGUUUCUGGUAGAUCCAAGUAAUCUAUUUAGACUUGCACCAGCAUAAGGAUAACUUUCGUGGUCUGUACCCAAUUCUGGGAUCAGGGUUUUUGUUCUUCUGUUUAAUUAGUCAACGUCCUGAUUGUUCAUUUUUGUUGGAUUAGGGUUAAUUUUUAUUAGUUCGAGUAGGUGAUUCACUGAUUUGAUUGAUUAAGCUGACUUGUAGCUAAGGUGUUUGUAGAAAAACUCGAUACGAUAUUUUGGGUGUUUUGUUUUUUAAUUUUGUGAUAUUGGUGGUAUCGGGAUCGAGAAAGUAGUGGAAUUGAUUACGAGAAAGUGGCGAAAAUGAGUUUGGGAGUGGCGGAGGAUGAUUCCGGUACGGAAAUUCAUCUCCCAGCUGACAUUGACUGGGAGAUGUUGGAUAAGUCCAAGUUCUUCUUCCUUGGUGCCGCCUUGUUUUCCGGUGUUUCCGGUAUGUUGUACCCGACGGUGGUGUUGAAAACACGGCAACAAGUGCUUGUAAAAGAUACGCCCUGCUUUAAGAUGGCUGUCUCCAUUCUCCGACAUGAUGGUUUCAGGGGGUUUUAUAGAGGAUUUGGGACGUCGUUAAUGGGUACUAUUCCGGCAAGAGCUCUUUACAUGGGUGCACUGGAAAUAACCAAGAGUAAUGUCGGUUGUGCCACGCUGAAGAUGGGGUUUUCGGAGGCCAAAGCGGCUGCAAUUGCGAAUGCUGCAGCUGGAGUAACUGCAGCCAUGGCGGCACAAAUGGUUUGGACACCGAUUGAUGUUGUGAGUCAGAGAUUAAUGGUUCAGGGUGGAAAUGGUGCCAAAACCACCGUCUCCGGUGCUUUCAAAUACACCGGUGGCAUUGAUGCCUUCCGGAAAAUCAUCCAUACAGAUGGUGUUCGAGGCUUAUACAGAGGAUUUGGGAUUUCGAUCUUGACAUAUGCCCCAUCGAAUGCCGUUUGGUGGGCAUCUUACUCCAUGGCACAUCGGGCGAUUUGGAAUGGGAUUGGUUGUCGUUUGAAGAAAGAAGGAAACGGUGGUGGUGGUGGAGGAGGAGUUGGGUUUACUCCUGAUUCAAAGGCGGUGGUGGCGGUGCAGGCUACGAGUGCCGCCGUGGCAAGUGGGGUUUCUGCAUUGGUUACGAUGCCAUUGGAUACAAUCAAAACAAGACUUCAAGUCUUAGAUGGAGAAGGUUGUAAUGGGAUUGGAGCAACGGUAAGGAAAUUGAUGAAGGAAGGUGGAGUGAGUGCGUGUUACAGAGGGUUGGGGCCAAGAUGGGUUUCAAUGGCGAUGUCUGCAACUACAAUGAUCACCACCUAUGAGUUCCUCAAGAAACUCUCUACAAAAAAUCAAGAUUCUUGUGGUGGUUCUCUUCAAUGAGUAUGUCCAUGAUAUGUUAUCUUCAAGCUUAUGAUAAAUCUUUUUACACAAAUGAAAUAAACAUCUUUUUUUUCUGAGGAAGAUACAAGUUUGAUGAUUAAACAUAUAUGAGAACAGGAUAUCU